AGCAAGCAAAACAACUGACAAAUAACUUAACACCCCUGUCAUCUUCAUCACAGAAUCCAAUCCACUGACACCCCCAUUCCCUCUUCUCCAUCAUCGUCACUAUCCAAACCCAGCAGCAGCACUACCCCCAUGAAUUCUUCGCCCCCAUAACUACCCUCCAGCUUCAACAAAUUUACCUGUAAACCUCCAAUGGCCCACCCUAACUAGAACCAUCAGUCUCUGUCUUCUUCUUGUUUCACUUCAAAAUUCAAACCCUAAUUUCCCUCCCAUCCCCACUCAAAAAUGGCUUCAUAGAAGCGCUUUUCCAAAUCUCCCUCAUUGCGAAGCGCUUUUGCAUUCAGAAGAUCUCCUAGACUCACUUCUUCUUCUUCGCCUCCCAAAAUCAAACCCACUUCCAUGAAGUCGCCCCUCAAAAAUCCGCCAUUGUUGAACUCAGACGCAUUGGCUCUUUCUUUGUAUGUCAAUGGAAACGAAGCAAAUGAAGACCAGCCAACGCCGUUGAAAAUGUACGACCCCAAUUCAUCUGCCGAGAAGUCUGUGCGAAGAUCGCCGAGGUGUACCACAAACAAGUACAAAAGUCCCAAAUUUGAACCUGCAUUGUCUAAUUGCUUACGGAGAUCGCCGCAAUUCUCGGCCCCAACUGAUGAUCGGGAGGUGAAUUUGAUGAAAUCUGAUUUGAAUUUGAUUGAAUGGCAGGGUUCUGAUGCGGGAGAGGUGGGUGUGAAGUGGUUGAGGUCGCGCAUGGUGCCAAUGCGUUUGGAUGGGUCUGCAUUGUCGAUUGAAUCGCCUUCGAAGAAGGCGAAGACAUCUUCAGCGAGGUCUGGUUUGAGAAAAUCUCCGAGAUUGCGUGCUAAUGUCGAUGUCAAGUGUAAUUUGUUGGCAUUGCCUGUAUCAUCAUCGUCGGUGAAACAGUUUUCGAAGAAAACAAAGACCAAUUGGGGGAAAAGCGAUUCGAAUGUAUUUGGUAAAAGAUGCUCGAGGUCUCAAAAAGUGCCUGUUCUACUAGUUGAUGAACAUGGUGAGACAAAGUCUAAGUCUGUUGUGAAAAGAAAGCUGAAGGAGAAGAGUAAGAGCGCUUUUGGGAGCUGUGAUUUGGGUGUGUUGGGCAAAAAGUGCUUGAGAUCUCGGACAAUACCAUUUCGGCUAGUUGGGAUUGAAGAUGUUGAAUCUAAGCGUGUUUUGAUUGAAUUGCCUGAAGUUUUAAGGGAUAAGAAGCAACAGGAGGAGAUUAAGACGAAUUCUGGGUGCUUUGAUUUGGAUGGGAUUGCUGAGAAGAAGUGCUUGAGAUCUAAGAAAGUCCCAAUUUGCGUUGUUGGGACUGAAAAGGAGGACACAAAGCCAGGUUUAAUUGCAUUGCCUGUGAGUUUGGGGGAUGAAAAGCAAGAGGAGGAGAUUAAGACAGCUUCUGGGAGCUACGAUUUUGAUGGGAUUGUUGAGAAGUGCUUAAGAUCUCGGAAAGUUGCAUUUCGCGUUGUUGGGACUGAAAAUGAGGACACAAAACCAGCUUUAAUUGCACUGCCUGAUGUUUCAGCAGAAAAAAAGCCAUCUUCAAUGAAGAAAGAGAAAAACCAGAAGACCACAUGUUCCUUUUUUGGACAGCCUGUUCCAGAGGAAGAAGCUCGAGAAAGAUGGCGAUGGCGCUAUGAAUUGAAGAGAUUGCAGAGUCAAAGAUCUGGGAGCCAAGGCAAGAUAUUAAAGUGAGUCGCAAUCUACAAACUUGUCUCCUAGUGAAGGUGAGGAGGAUGAAAUAAUUUUGAACGUGGAAUGCCAUUACACUCAAGCUAAAGUUGACAGCUGCAUAUUCAAUCUUGGAGAUUGUGCAUACAUAAAGG